CGUCACGCCACUCUCUAUUAGGUGCUAUUUUCGUCCUGCCCUGGAAGACAUUCAUCCACCAUCUACUCCCCCUGACAGCUCCCAAUAAACCCACCACUCCCAUUCAUCUCCACCCCACCUCCACCCUCCCUCUCUGCGUCCCUUUGCGCACCGCGGCUCCACCGGACAGCUUCACCAAUUAAAAAAAAAAGAAAAGAAAAACUGCUUAGUGGAAUUGCGGGGUUGCGCGCCAGGGAGGAAUACACAAGAAAGUGCCGUGAUUUUUACCCAGGAUAUCUUUAUACUUUUUAAUUUAUUUUUCAGAAGACUUCAUAUCAACUGUUAAGACCAAUCCCUCAAAGAGAAAGUUUCCUGUAUGAGUUUCCAGUCCGUUUCAAUUUGAUCCAGAAAAAAGGAGGAAAAAUGACGAUCCACGUUGAGGGUCUCGUGGCCAUCGUUCUCUUCUAUGUCCUGAUUCUGUUCGUGGGCAUUUGGGCUGCGUGGAAAAACAAGAAUUCUGGAGUCAGUGAAGGUGUAGACCGGAGCGAGAGUAUCAUGGUCGGGGGAAGGGACAUUGGGCUGUUCGUGGGGGGAUUCACGAUGACUGCAACCUGGGUGGGCGGGGGCUACAUCAAUGGAACAGCAGAGUAUGUCUAUCUACCAGAUUAUGGUCUGGCCUGGGCUCAGGCACCGUUUGGUUAUGCACUCAGCUUGGUAUUAGGUGGCCUUUUCUUUGCCAAGCCAAUGCGAUCACGUGGAUAUGUCACAAUGCUGGACCCUUUCCAGCAGCUUUAUGGUAAAAGGAUGGGGGGAUUGCUUUUCAUUCCUGCACUCAUGGGGGAAAUCUUCUGGUCUGCAGCCAUCCUCUCUGCCUUGGGUGCCACUCUCAGUGUGAUCGUGGACAUAAACAUCAACAUGUCUGUGGUGAUUUCAGCGCUCAUAGCUAUCUUUUACACACUGGUUGGAGGACUGUACUCUGUCGCAUACACAGAUGUCGUCCAGCUCUUCUGCAUAUUUUUGGGUUUGUGGAUCAGUGUGCCUUUUGCCCUUUCCAAUCCUGCUGUGUCAGACAUCGGUCUUUCCGCCAAGGAAGAAAUCUAUCAGUCCCCUUGGCUGGGUAACAUUAAACCUGAAGACCAUUGGCUGUGGGCAGACAACUUCUUUUUGCUGAUGUUGGGAGGGAUUCCCUGGCAGGUCUACUUUCAACGAGUUCUCUCUGCCUCUUCAGCUACCUAUGCUCAAGUUCUCUCUUUCAUAGCUGCCUUUGGCUGCUUGGUCAUGGCUGUCCCCUCUGUCCUCAUCGGAGCUAUUGGGGCUUCCACUGACUGGAACCAAACUACCUAUGGCUCCCUUGCACCGAAGGACAAGGAUGAAUCUGACAUGAUCCUUCCCAUAGUGCUUCAACACCUCUGCCCACCCUAUAUCUCCUUCUUUGGACUGGGAGCGGUGUCCGCAGCAGUGAUGUCAUCAGCAGACUCGUCCAUACUGUCAGCCAGCUCCAUGUUUGCCAGGAACAUCUAUCAGCUAGCCUUUCGGCAGUCGGCUUCUGAUACUGAGAUCGUUUGGGUGAUGCGGAUCACCAUCUUUGUGUUUGGAGCUCUUGCUACAGCAAUGGCACUAUUAACCGGAUCUGUAUACGGCCUUUGGUACUUAAGCUCUGACCUCGUCUACGUUAUAAUCUUCCCCCAGCUUCUAAGUGUUUUGUUCGUCAAAGGCACCAACACAUACGGCUCUGUGGCGGCCUAUAUCUUUGGACUCUUGUUGCGCAUUGGUGGAGGGGAGCCUUACCUAAAACUGCCUCCAUUCAUCUACUACCCUGGCUGGGUGACAGUGGAAAGGGUUCACCACCUCACCGGAGAUGUAGAGUUCUUCGUUCAGCAGAGGUUCCCCUUCAAGUCUGUCUCCAUGGUGGCAUCUUUCUUAGCAAAUGUGGCUUUCUCCUACCUGACCAAGUACUUAUUCGAAAGCGGCAUGCUGUCUCACAAGUACGACUUCCUGGAUGCUGUCGUUUCCAAGCAUAGCAAGGAGAUUAUGGACAAGACCACGCUGGUAAGCAAUCAUGAUAACAUUAUUUUAUCGGAGAUGGCACCCGUCAGACAAGCUCUGGGUGCUACGAUUGCUGGGACUUUCACCAACACCGAGGUUCUAAGCGACGAUGGUGAGUCAAGUCCGGAGUCUUUUCACAGUGACAACUAGACGCCAAAACGCACAAAAGAAAACUUGAAAAAAGGAAUGUGAAAGGGAAGGAAAAGAAUCAAAGAGGCAUCAGCAUCCUUCAGGAAAUGUGUUACUGCCACACUGUGAGCCACAUAAGCAGAAACCUUCUGCGGCUUCCAAGUGACUCUACAAGUAUGUUGGUGAAUAGGUGCCUCCUCCAUUUGUUUACUGUAUAUUUCCUCUCUAUAAACACAUCCUUGACCUUAAAUUGUCUGUACAAAGCUCACAGUUAUUUUUCUGACCAUGGCUCUGUGAAUUUACAACCAUUUUAAUUUAAUGGCUGCUACUGUGGUCAAAAGUAGGGAUAAAGGGAAAUGGUUUUUCAAGCGUAGAGAAAAGAAUCAGUUGCUGGUCUUGAGUACAGUGCUAUAGAGCUAAGAAGCAUUGUUUAUUCCUGGUUGUCUAAGCUGAGGUUAUGUAUGUGGAUGCAAAUACAGUGCUUUGUAAAUUAAGUUAUUACCCUUGAAAUUUUCCAAGUUUUGAUGCAUAACACAAAAACA